UAGCGGAGCCACGUGAAGUAAAGAAUGGUGAAUGGAUAAGCGGCUCUUGCGUCUCUCUAAACCUCUGCCUCCGCGUUAGGGUGUUUGACAAAUGGCGGGGGUUUUGGAGCUCCGGUCCGUUCGGAACCCACUCUUCGCUUCCAACAAUCCCACGACAAGCCAAAGGUUCCCCUUCCCCUCAAACAAGCCAGUGUCUCUUUCCCUUGCCACUCACGCCGUUUCCACCUCUCAACCGCUCUUCCAAGACCCGGAACCCACUCCUGACCGGGUCAGAGAUCGCCGCCGAGCGGUCCGAUUGGCGUGGGAGAAGCUGCUUCGCUGGUCCCGCUCUUGGCGCUCCAAGGCCAAGACCGAUGUUCUUGAGCGUACUAACAAGGUGGUGGUGCUUGGAGGUGGGUCUUUUGGCACAGCAAUGGCUGCCCAUCUUGCGGAUAGAAAGGCUGAAUUGGAAGUUAACAUGCUCAUACGUGAUCCUCAAGUUUGCCAGUCUAUUAAUGAGAGCCACUGUAAUGGAAAGUACUUCCCUGAACACAAACUACCUGAAAAUGUGAUUGCAACAACUGAUGCCAAAGCUGCUUUGCUUGGUGCGGACUAUUGCCUUCAUGCUGUGCCUGUGCAGUUCAGCUCAUCUUUUCUUCGGGGGAUUGCAGAUCAUGUCGAUCCUAGCUUGCCAUUCAUAUCCCUUAGCAAAGGGUUAGAGCUGAAUACAUUGAGAAUGAUGUCUCAGAUUAUACCCCAGGCAUUGAGGAAUCCUCGCCAACCUUUUGUUGCACUAUCGGGGCCUUCAUUUGCACUAGAAUUGAUGAAUAAAUUGCCAACAGCAAUGGUGGUGGCAUCAAAAGACAAGAGAUUGGCAAAUGCUACUCAGCAGCUACUAGCUUCUAGUCAUUUAAGAAUCAGCACUUCAAGUGAUGUUACAGGGGUGGAAAUUGCAGGUGCACUAAAAAAUGUACUCGCAAUAGCGGCGGGGAUUGUUGAAGGGAUGGAUCUUGGUAAUAACUCUAUGGCAGCUCUUGUUGCACAAGGUUGUUCUGAGAUACGAUGGCUAGCAACAAAGUUCCCAGAAAGUUGUUGGUCAUUUGUUUGCUGCAUUGCUCUUACCUUACGACUUUUUCCUCCAAAUUGGAAGAUGGGUGCAAAGCCGACAACAAUUACUGGUCUAUCAGGAACUGGAGACAUUAUGCUCACAUGUUUCGUAAAUCUUUCUAGAAACAGAACAGUUGGAGUCCGUCUUGGCUCAGGGGAGAAGCUGGAUGAUAUACUAAGUUCUAUGAGUCAGGUGGCGGAAGGUGUAUCAACAGCUGGAGCUGUGAUUGCAUUGGCCCAGAAAUACAACGUUAAGAUGCCAGUUUUGACAGCAGUUGCUCGAAUUAUGGACAAUGAACUGACCCCAAAGAAAGCUGUUCUUGAGUUGAUGAGCCUCCCUCAGGUUGAAGAAGUGUGAAACCUAAGGGCUUUGUCAAGAGGCUGAACAAAUUUUGUUGCAUGAAGCUGUGUGGUAAGAUACCCAAUAUUAACUCAAAAGUGCUGUGGUAAACCAAACCAUUAGAGAGCAAAUUUUCACAGAUUGCGGUAUACAGUUGGAUUUUUUUUUUUUUCUACAUUGCUUUUACUUCCUAUUUUUGGGUCAGGGAGCAGUUUUGCAAUCUUGAAUUAUACUGAAACAUCCAAAAUGAGAUAUAACAAAUGAUAGUUUUGCUGCCA